AGUCUUUCGACGUCGUUUUGCAACUUGGCUUUCUGAACUGGGAGUUUACCAGAGACGCUGCUCUUACUGUCCCAAUCUCCGGCCAUACCCACCGCCGCAGUUUAAGGAAUCGACCCAGUGAAUGGAACUGAGCUGAUUUUCUAAAAUGGGGAAGGGAAAGAAGGUGAAAGACACUCCAAGUGACGAUGAUUGUUGGUGGUGGUUGGUUCAGAAAGGAACAACAGCUGUAUUCAUCACUGUUGGGUUGUUUGCAUUGUUGGUCCGUGCAGCUGUGUCACUGCACCCUUACUCUGGUGCUGGCAACCCUCCAAAGUUUGGGGACUAUGAGGCUCAGAGGCAUUGGAUGGAGAUCACCAUUAACCUUCCAGUUAGGGAAUGGUAUAGGAACAGCACCAGAAAUGACUUGAGCUACUGGGGACUUGACUACCCACCUUUGACUGCGUAUCAAAGUUUCAUUCAUGGGCUUUUUCUUAGAUUCUUCCACCCUGACUCCGUUGCUCUUUUCACUUCCAGAGGUCAUGAGUCCUAUCUUGGAAAAUUGCUCAUGAGGUGGACAGUGUUAUCAUCUGAUGCCCUGAUAUUCUUUCCAGCUGUCCUGUAUUUUAUUAUUGUUCAUUACAAUCAAUCUUCAAGGAGCCGGAAAAGUGAAUUAGCAUGGCACAUUGCAAUGCUUUUGCUACACCCCUGUUUGAUCUUAAUUGAUCAUGGUCAUUUUCAGUUCAACUGCAUCAGCUUGGGCUUUACUGUAGGAGCUAUUGCUGCUAUCCUCUCUGGGAAAGAUUUUGUGGCUUCUGUUCUUUAUUGUCUAGCUCUAAAUCAUAAACAGAUGAGUGCAUAUUUUGCACCUGCUUUUUUCAGCUAUCUCCUGGGCAAAUGCCUGAGGCGUAAACAUCCAAUCCUUGAGGUGUUGAAACUGGGGUUGGUGGUUUUAGGAACCUUUGCAGUUGUAUGGUGGCCUUAUCUGUAUUCAACGCAUUCCAUUUUAGAGGUCCUCUCUCGUCUUGCUCCAUUUGAAAGGGGAUUAUUUGAGGAUUACGUGGCCAACUUUUGGUGCGCCUCUUCAGUUCUCAUCAAGUGGAAGAGAUUGUUUACAACAGAGUCGCUGAAGCUUAUCAGCUUCACUGCAACAGUUAUAACCUGUCUUCCUUCAAUGGUUCAACAAAUAAAGUCUCCUAGCAGUAGAGGUUUCCUAUACGCGCUGCUGAAUAGUUCUUUCUCGUUUUACUUGUUUUCUUUUCAAGUGCAUGAGAAAUCUAUUUUGCUGCCACUUCUUCCGGCAACCCUGCUGGCUAUUGAAGAGCCAUUUAUGUUCAGGUGGUUCACGCAAUUCGCCAUGCUCUCCAUGUUUCCACUGAUAUGUCGUGACAACUUGGUCGUUCCAUAUUUGGCUCUGCAUGCUCUCUUUGUCCUGAUUCCUAAUGCACCUGGUCAACACAGAAUUAAAGAGAGUAAUUAUUUUGUUAGUUAUUUGGGAUCAGCAACCAUGCACCUUGUUUUAUGUUGCUAUUUUGUUCUUCACAUAGUUUACUUGACCAUGCAUCCUCCUGAGAAGUACCCUUUCCUUUUUGAAGCAAUAAUUAUGAAUCUGUGCUUCUCUCAGUUUGUUCUCGUAACUCUUGGCUGCAAUAUAAAGCAGUGGCUGUUAAAUAAACCUGUCAAAUUAGAAGAAAUAGAAAAGAAACUCAUUUGACAUUGGUUUCACUUUUUAGAGUUAGAUAUGGGUUGUACUUGUUACAGUUAGAGGUGGGGGUGGCAUGUUUGAUGCAUUUUGGCAAUGUUUUAUUGAAAGUGAAUUGAUUGAGAGUUUUAUCUGCAUUAACCUCAACUGUAAUGAUUUUGUAAUCUUUAGUCUGAAAGUGUUCGUUGCCCCCACUUUGAUUUGA